AUGGGAAGAGUACGCCAGAGAUCCGUGCUGUGGGUGGUGAUUUUCUUGUGGCUGCAACACGUCGGAUGCCCCAUUAGCUUCAGCGCACCCGAUCGUGCCAAGAACUGGCUUCCCCGGCGUGCUCUUCCACCUGCCUGGGUUGCACAGGCGGCAGAAGCAUUUCGGGACCCGUCGGUCCAAGCAGUGUCGGCUGCUCUGAUACAGGCUCAGACACUUACGAACUUUGUCUCCAGUUUCAGCAGCGCGGGGAAAGUAUGGUCUGAGUGGAUAACACUAGGUGUUUAUGAUGGCACUGGCGACGUCGACGAUCAUGUGUCAGAACUCAUACAGUCAAUGAAGGAGAAGCUGCAAGUGCAGAACAACACAAUCAUAUCAAGCACCCAGAGCAGCAACAUGCCCAAAGAACCGGUCAGGAAGACCUACUUCGAGCAGUUGAUGGUCGCGACGUUGCUAAACAGCACACCAGGCGUGUCAGCGGUUUAUGCUGAAUCUGGCACGGGCAAGUCAGUUGCAGCUACACUGGCAAUCACUGCCGUGGCAAAUGGUCGGGUAAAUGACGCCUUCGUCCUGCUGCAGGGCAAUCUGAACCAGAGGCUGCGAGCCUUCCUUCGUAUCGCUGACGAAAGCCUCAUGGCUGACAUCCGUUCUUUAGGGCCUUGCGACGGGAGAACAUCCAGUUGCACGUGA